CCCAAAUAUAGGUUAAAAAAUAAAAUUAAUAGAAAACAAACGCAAUAGAUGUAAAAUCGCUGCCGGAACCACAGUGGCGGAGGAGGAGGAAAGUUUGAAGCUAUAUUUCUGGCAAAGUUUUCACCUUUUGGCGUUAUAUGGGAGUUUAAAUGUUGGGUUAUUAGUUUGAAGGUUUAUUAAGCUUUGAAAUUCCUUUUAGUUAAUCAUAUUGUGAUUGUGGUUUUGAUUGGGAGACUUUAGUUGAAUUUAAAAGGCUAGUGUGUUUGAUGGAAGACAAUUUAGGUUCCGAUUCGGUUCCUUCGGGUCCGAUUGACAAGUCUAGGGUUAUGACUGUUAAGCCAUUGAGAUGUCUUGUACCGGUUUUUCCGUCACAUUCGGGUUCAUCUGCAUCACCACAGGCUCCUCCGUUCGCAUUUGGUGCUCCAACUGCUCCGUUCCCCCCUGGAGCGGCUCAGUUUUUCCCCUUUGUUGGUUCACACGAGUCUCAAACGCCCGCUAGUGUACCCAAUCAAGGAAUACCUGACACUAACCCUAUUGUAUCACCAGUCCCUUUGAAUUCCUUUCGAACACCGGCCCCACCGGUCCCACCAGUUAACACUAGUGGCAGAGGGAGACCAAAAGGGAGCACCAAGAGUCAUGAACCGUAUGACGAUGGAUAUAUGCAAAACGGUGGUUAUGAAAACGGGUUCACUAUCGAUACAGAGGAUAGCAGUGAUGCCACUAGGCGAAAACGUAAAGCGCGUAAAAUCGUCAAGGGCCCAGAAGCGGUAGCAGUUUCUAAUUCCGAGGUUGACAUUGAUGAAAUGGUUAAUCAUCUUUUAAGAUCGUUUAAUCUUGUGGAUAUCAAUACGUCACUUCAAGCUGAUAGUGAUCGUGAUUUGGUCCAACGUGUGGUUUUGGUUUAUAAUUUACUAAGGAGAAAAAUCAUGCAGCUUGAUGAUGCAAAAGGGAUUAUUCCCGGUAUAUCAAGACGAGCUGAUUUAAGAUCGGGUACAAUCUUGAUGAAUAAAGGAGCCCGGGCUAAUACAAGACGACGGAUCGGUGCAGUACCCGGGGUCAAUAUAGGUGACGUAUUCUUUUUCCGAAUGGAACUAUGCUUAGCUGGACUUCACGCACCGAUUAUGGCCGGGAUUGAUUAUUUAAAUUCUAAGGUUAGCGGUGAUGAAGAGCCCAUUGCCGUCAGUAUUGUUACUUCUGGUGGAUAUGAAGAUGACGGAGAUGACGGUGAGGUUUUGAUUUAUAGUGGUCAAGGUGGUGGUCAAAGGAAUGAUAAGUUAAUAACGGAUCAAAAGCUUGAAAGGGGUAAUCUCGCUUUAGAAAAAAGUUUGCAUAAAGGUAAUGAGGUACGGGUCGUUCGUGGGCUUAAAGAUGGGACGAAUGUAACCGGGAAAAUAUACGUUUAUGAUGGUGUAUACAAACUCCAUGAAUCGUGGAUCGAAAAAGGAAAAUCGGGUUGCAAUGUUUUCAAGUACAAAUUGAUUCGGGUUGCGGGUCAACCCGAAGGGUUCAUGUUAUGGAAGUCAAUUCAACAAUGGAGAGAUGGUGUUACUGCACGGGUUGGUGUUAUCUUACCCGAUCUUACUUCCGGUGCGGAAAAUUUACCCAUUUGUCUCGUAAACGAUGUGGAUAGUGAAAAGGGCCCUGCGUAUUUUACUUACUCUUCGAGUUUAAAGUUUGCAAAACCGUUUCGUUCGUCUAAAUCUUCAAUCUGUAGAUGCUCUAAUGGAUGUCAGCCCGCCACUAACUGCCCUUGUGUUGAAAAAAACGGUGGUUAUCUUCCGUAUUCUAUCGGUGGUGUUCUUUUAAGUCAUAAUUCGGUGAUUCAUGAGUGCGGGUCUUCUUGUUUAUGUCCUUCCACUUGUAGAAACCGGGUUUCUCAAACAGGCCUCAAACUUCAUUUGGAAGUGUUCCGAACGAAGGACAAGGGUUGGGGGCUUAGGUCAUGGGAUCCGAUCCGGGCUGGAGCUUUUAUAUGCGAGUAUGCAGGUGACGUGAUUGAAAACGGUAGCGAUAGUGAUGAUGAAUACGUAUUUGAUUCAACCCGGUCUUUUGAGGCUUUGGAGCCCAUUCCUACUGACGAGCCCGUUAAGCCUCCGUUUCCCGUAAUUGUCAGUGCCAAAAAUAAAGGAAAUGUGGGUCGGUUUAUGAACCAUAGCUGUUUGCCUAAUGUAUGUUGGCAGCCGAUUUUGCGUGAAAACGAAGAGGAAUGUCAUCUUCAUAUUGGAUUUUACGCGAUCAAACACAUUCCGCCGUUGCAAGAGUUAACGUACGAUUAUGGAAUUCCACAGGCUGAGAAGAAAAACGGGCCCCAGAGAAAAAAGUGUUUGUGUGGGUCGACCAAAUGCAGAGGUUACUUUUACUAAGAAGAUGGUGAUGGUGAAUGUCAAAUGUUGUUCAAAGGUUAGAGUUCUGUUUUUUAGUUGUAGUAUGUUUUUAUGGUGUUGAUGUGUUCUAAUUGUAGGUAAGCUGAAUUGAAACUUAGUAUUUUAUCAGUCAUUGGUAGUCAUUUAGUUACUUUUCAGUUUUCACAA